AUAAUGUUUAGUCGUAUGUGACGCACUGCCAGUGAGCAGUCCACUACGCCGCGAAAUUAUCUACGUAAAUAUAUAGCUUUCCGAAAUUCAUCACUAUUUCAAAGACAAUAAAGUUCAGUGAAAUGGCGAAAUUAUUGAGCCAAGAGCUGCCGGAUAUUGAGAAUUUACUCAAAUUAAAUCCCAAGGUCAAGCCAUUCAGUAACUUGGUGCCAUCAGUAGAGACCAAGAAGAAUAAACAGCAUUGGAAGCGCAACUCUGACAGAAAAUGUACCUCCGCCUGUCCAUCGCUUACGAAAAACUUCGACGACAUCAAACAUACCACGCUCUCUGAAAGAGGCGCGCUCAAGGAGGCAGCGAGAUGCCUCAAAUGUGCUGAUGCCCCUUGCCAGAAGUCCUGUCCCACGCAAAUCGAUGUCAAGAGCUUUAUCACUAGCAUCGCUAAUCGGAACUACUAUGGCGCCGCAAAAGCGAUUCUCUCUGACAACCCGUUGGGCCUCACAUGCGGCAUGGUGUGUCCCACUAGCGACCUCUGUGUGGGCGGCUGCAACCUGCACGCGAGCGAGGAGGGGGCCAUUAAUAUAGGGGGACUACAGCAUUUCGCUGUUGACGUAUUCAUGAAGAUGGGUAUACCCCAAACUCUAGACCCGAAAACGAAGCCGCUCCCCAAAGGCGGUGACCAGAAGAUCGCGCUCGUAGGCGGUGGUCCGGCCAGCAUUAGUUGCGCAUGCUUCCUGGCUAGACUCGGUUAUAAGAACAUUACUGUGUAUGAAAAGGAGAAAUAUCUUGGUGGCUUGAGCUCCUCUGAAAUACCGCAGUACCGUUUGCCAUAUGACGUGGUCCAGUAUGAAGUUGAUCUCGUCAAGAAUUUGGGAGUGAAGUUUGCUACUAAUAGAUCUCUCUCCACUAAAGAUUUAACUGUUGAGGGUCUCCUAAAAGAUGGACAUGCGGCUGUAUUCUUGGGAAUCGGUCUCCCCGAGCCUAAGAGUAUUCCGAUCUUCAAAAAUCUUAAUCAAGAAAUGGGUUUCUACACCAGCAAGGACUUUCUACCAUUGGUAGCGAAAGGAAGUAAAAGAGGACUAUGUUCUUGCAAGUCCUCCCUACCAGAGCUACACGGCAACGUGAUAGUGCUUGGAGCUGGGGACACCGCGUUCGAUUGCGCGACGUCAGCCCUCCGGUGCGGCGCUAGACGCGUGUAUGUCGUGUUUAGGAAGGGAUUCACUAAUAUACGCGCUGUUCCUGAAGAGGUUGAUUUGGCAAAAGAAGAAAAAUGCGAAUUCGUUCCAUUCAUGUCGCCUCGAGAAGUCAUUGUUAAGAAUGGAAAGAUUGCUGCAUUAAAAAUGUGUCGCGCAGAGCAAUUAGACGAUGGAGAAUGGAUAGAAGACGAAGACCAAAUCAUGCAACUGAAAGCUAACUUCAUUAUUUCUGCUUUUGGUUCUGGACUGUAUGAUACAGAUGUGAAAGAAGCGAUGUCAGGUGUGAAACUGAACCGUUGGGGAUUGCCAGAAAUAGACAGUUUGACGAUGCAGAGCGUUAGCAACCCGCAAGUAUUCGUGGGUGGAGAUCUCGCGGGAGUCGCUGAAACUACCGUCGAAUCUGUGAACGAUGGCAAGACAGCAGCGUGGCACAUGCACUGUUAUUUACAGAACAUUCCGCGCACUUCACCAGUCGAGCUGCCCAAGUUCCAUACCGCGAUAGACGAAGUAGACCUCUCAGUAGAAGUGUGCGGGAUUCACUUCGAGAACCCGUUCGGGCUGGCGAGUGCCCCGCCCACCACCAGCUCUGCGAUGAUCCGCCGCGCCUUCGAGCAAGGCUGGGGAUUCGCUGUCACCAAGACAUUUGGCUUGGAUAAGGAUUUGGUAACCAACGUAUCACCACGAAUUGUGCGUGGAGCGACUUCUGGCGAGAACUACGGACCUGGUCAAGGAUCCUUCUUGAACAUCGAGCUGAUUUCCGAGAAAUGCGAAGCCUACUGGUGCCAGAGUAUUCGAGAGUUGAAGAAAGAUUUUCCUACUAAAGUGAUAAUAGCAUCAAUAAUGUGUUCAUUCAACGAAGCCGAUUGGACAGAACUCGCAGUCAAGGCAGAAGCGUCUGGCGCAGACGCUUUAGAACUUAAUCUGUCGUGUCCGCACGGUAUGGGAGAGUCUGGCAUGGGUCUGGCUUGCGGACAGGAUCCCAAGCUUGUUAAAGCCAUAUCACAGUGGGUGCGGAAAGCGAUAAAAAUUCCAUUCUUCGUGAAAUUGACACCCAACAUAACAGAAAUCGUCACAAUCGCUACAGCUGCAUAUGAAGGCGGAGCAAGUGGAGUUUCAGCUAUCAACACGGUUUCUGGUUUGAUGACUGUCAGAGCUGAUGCAACACCUUGGCCUGGAGUAGGUAUAGAAAAGCGCACAACAUACGGCGGUGUAUCCGGCAAUGCCACCCGCCCCAUGGGUCUGCGAGCGGUCUCCGCGAUCGCCAACAAGCUGCCCGGCUUCCCCAUACUCGGCAUCGGCGGUAUUGACUCUGCUGACUCAGCGCUGCAGUUCAUUUUGUGUGGCGCACCCGUUGUUCAAAUAUGCAGUGCAGUACAAAAUCAAGAUUUCACGGUGGUUGAAGACUACAUAACUGGUCUAAAGGCUCUUCUUUAUUUGAGGUCUAAAGGUCUAGAUGGAUGGAUUGGCCAGUCCCCACCCACAUUCAAGCACCAGAAAGGAAAGCCAGUACAAACUUUAUACGACGAAAAUGGCAAGGUGCUCGCCCAUUUCGGACCCUACAAUCAAAAGCGGGAAGAACUACUUCACGCCAUCCGUGAAAAAUCAGACUUACUAGAUGGUAAUACGGUUCAAUAUCCGUUGGCAAAUGGAACUAACGGUGUCAUAGAAGUGCCUAAAAUUAAAGAUGUUUUGGGCUUGGCACUUCCACGCAUUGGUGCUUAUAAACAAUUGGACAAUACGAAACAAGUUGUAGCUCUUAUUGAUGAUGACAUGUGCAUCAACUGCGGAAAAUGCUACAUGGCUUGCGCAGAUUCAGGAUAUCAGGCAAUCGACUUUGACCCAGAAACGCACAUCCCACAUGUAACAGAUGACUGUACAGGUUGUACACUGUGCCUAUCAGUAUGCCCCAUCAUAGACUGCAUUUCAAUGGUGCCAAAGAAAAUCCCGCACAUAAUCAAGAGAGGUACCGAGUAUCAAGUCCAUCCUGUAUCUCCGCUCGACGCAGUUUGUCAAUAAGAACAUAAAACAUGUACAAUAUAAAAAUAUAUUAGCAAACAAUACAAAAAUUCUCUUUAAAUUCGUUUAAACGCUACCUAA